AGGGCCGAGCUGCAGCGCGCCCCGCCCCGCCGCGCCCAUCGCCCGAGGCCUCGGAGCGCCGGGACGGGAGAGGCCCGGCUGAUCCCGGGAACCGAGCCGUGCCAUGCCGCGCCGGGCAGCCCUCCCGCCCGCUCGGCGGAGAGCGGCGACCCCGGCAGCGGCCGUGCCGGUUCUGGCGGGGCUCCGGGCCGCCGCCGUGCUGCUGUGCGCGGCGCUGGGCGCCGGACCGGGGCGGGCUCAGCCCACCCCCUUGCCCCGCUUCCCCUUCCAGGACCCGGCGCUGCCCUGGCACCGCCGCCUCGACGACCUGCUGGGCCGGCUGAGCCCCGCCGAGCUGGUGCUGCAGGUGGCGAGGGGGGGAGCGAUGGGGAACGGCCCCGCGCCCCCCGUUCCCCGGUUGGGCAUCGGGCCGUACAACUGGAACACGGAGUGCCUUCGGGGCGAUGCGGAGGCUCCCGGCUGGGCCACGGCUUUCCCCCAGGCGCUGGGGCUCGCCGCCGCCUUCAGCCCAGAGCUCGUCUACCGGGUGGCCAACGCCACCGCCACCGAGGUGAGAGCCAAGCACAACGACUUCGCCGCCACCGGCCGCUACGGUGACCACACGGGGCUCAGCUGCUUCAGCCCCGUCCUGAACAUCAUGAGGCACCCGCUGUGGGGCAGGAACCAGGAGACCUACGGGGAGGACCCGUUCCUGAGCGGGGAGCUGGCCCGCAGCUUCGUGCAGGGGCUGCAGGGCCAGCACCCCCGCUACGUCAAGGCCAGCGCCGGCUGCAAGCACUUCAGCGUGCACGGGGGCCCCGAGAACAUCCCCGUCUCCAGGCUCAGCUUCGACGCCAAGGUGCUGGAGCGGGACUGGCGUACCACCUUCCUGCCCCAGUUCCAGGCGUGCGUGCGCGCCGGCUCCUACAGCUUCAUGUGCAGCUACAACAGGAUCAACGGUGUUCCCGCCUGUGCCAACAAGAAGCUGCUGACGGACAUCCUGCGCGGCGAGUGGGGGUUUGAGGGCUACGUGGUGAGCGACGAGGGGGCCCUGGAGCUCAUCAUGCUGGGGCACCACUACACGCGCACCUUCCUGGAGACGGCGGUCGCCUCGAUGAACGCCGGCUGUAACCUGGAGCUCUCCUACGGCAUGAGGAACAACGUCUUCAUGCACAUCCCCCAGGCUCUGGCCAUGGGCAACAUCACGCUGCAGAUGCUGCGUGACCGGGUCCGGCCCCUCUUCUACACACGGAUGCGGCUGGGGGAGUUCGACCCCCCGGCCAUGAACCCUUACAGCGCCCUGGACCUGAGCACUGUGCAGAGCCCCGAGCACCGCAACCUCUCGUUGGAAGCUGCUGUCAAGAGCUUCGUGCUGCUGAAGAACGCACGGGGGACGCUGCCCCUCCGGGCUCGGGACCUGCCCGGCAAGCACCUCGCGGUGGUGGGUCCCUUCGCCGACAACCCCCGGGUGCUGUUCGGGGACUACGCGCCGGUGCCGGAGCCGCGGUACAUCUACACUCCCCGGAGGGGGCUGGAGACGCUGCCGGCCAACGUCAGCUUCGCGGCAGGCUGCCGUGAGCCGCAGUGCCAGCAGUACUCACGGGCGGAGGUGGUGGGUGCAGCAGGGGCAGCCGACGUGGUGGUGGUCUGCCUGGGGACAGGGACGGAUGUGGAGACGGAGGCGAAGGACCGGAGGGACUUGUCCCUGCCGGGCCACCAGCUGGAGCUGCUGCAGGAUGCCGUGGAGGCGGCCGCCGGGCGCCCCGUCAUCCUGCUGCUGUUCAACGCGGGGCCCCUGGACGUGAGCUGGGCGCAGGCGCACGAGGGCGUGGGGGCCAUCCUGGCGUGCUUCUUCCCCGCCCAGGCCACCGGCCUCGCCAUCGCCAGGGUCCUGCUGGGCGAGGUGGGGGCCAACCCAGCCGGCAGGCUGCCGGCCACGUGGCCCGCAGGCAUGCACCAGGUGCCACCGAUGGAGAACUACACCAUGGAGGGGCGAACGUACCGGUACUAUGGGCAGGAGGCCCCGCUCUAUCCCUUUGGCUACGGGCUGUCCUACACCACCUUCCAGUACCGGGACCUGGUGCUGAGCCCCCCAGCGCUGCCCGUCUGUGCCAACCUCUCCGUGUCCGUGGUGCUGGAGAACACGGGGCAGAGGGAUGGCGAGGAGGUGGUGCAGCUGUACCUGCGGUGGGAGCAGUCGUCCGUGCCGAUGCCCCGCUGGCAGCUGGUGGCUUUCCGCCGCGUGGCCGUGCCGGCCGGCCGGGAGACCAAGCUGUCCUUCCAGGUGGCGGCCGAGCAGCGUGCCGUCUGGGCACAGGACUGGCGCCUCGAGCCCGGCACCUUCACCCUCUUUGCCGGCGGGCAGCAGCCAGGCCAGCAGACGCGGGCGCCCUCGGAGGUGCUGAGCGCACGGUUCACCGUCACUGGCGCAGCCCGGCCCCUGCGUGGGUGCUAGAGGUGGAGGCGGCUACGGUGCCGGGCAGCCCGGGGCGCUGGCAGAGGGAAGGGGCACGUGGCGUCCCGUGUGCCGUGGGGAGCGCGGUUGUCUGCCUCGCAAUAAAGUGCCGGGUGCUGCUCC